AUGGCGACGAAUGCAACAUCUUCAUUCGAGUUCUCGGCCAAAAGUCUCCCCCUUCAGCUGUUCAUCGACAACGCAUAUGUGGACUCGAAGUCGAACAAGUAUUUGACUGUUCACAAUCCCAAAGACGGGAGCCUUGUGAGCGACAAGGUCCCUCUUGCAAACGAUCAAGAUGUCGACGCCGCAGUAGUAGCCGCAGAGAACGCGCUCCCAGGCUGGAAAAAGAUUUCUGCUAGCCAGCGACGAGACAUCCUUCUCAAAUUCGCAGGACUACUUGAAAAGCAUACGGCGCCGCUUGCUGAGUUGACCCGCAUCACACUUGGUGCGCCAUUUGGGUCGUUUGGUGCCUUCGAGGUCGGUCUGGCAGCGGAGGCAUUCAAAUACAAUGCUGGUUGGAUUGAUAAGUUCCUCGGUGAGGCCGUGCCUCAAGAGAACGGCUUUAUGCAGAUCACUCGUAAUGAGCCGUUGGGGGUCACUGCGGGCAUAGUGCCUUGGAACGGUCCCUUGGGCACUGUCGGACUGAAGGCGGCACCUGCACUUGCGACGGGAAAUUGCUUCAUUCUGAAGCCAUCGGAGAAGACGCCGUUUGCUGCUGCAGCUCUGGGACCAUUGAUAAAAGAAGCUGGCUUCCCGCCUGGUGUAUUCCAGGUAUUGACAGGUGAUGGAACGACUGGAGCACUGAUUGCGAGCCAUAUGCGCAUCCGCAAGGUCUCUUUUACUGGUAGCAUUCCGACGGGAAAGAAGAUCCAGGAAAUGGCUGCGAAAUCAAACCUGAAGCGAGUUACCCUGGAGCUGGGAGGGAAGUCUCCUGCUGUGGUUUUCGACGACUGCAACUUGGAGAACGCAGCGACGUGGUGUGCUAAUGCACUAGCAGCAAACACCGGGCAAGUCUGCUUUGCAGCGACUCGAGUAUACGUUCAAGAAGGAAUCUUCGACAAAUUCGCCAAACUAUACAAGGAGAAGCUCGAAGAGAAAGCAAAGACGAUUGGUGAUCCGGACCAGGAAGGGACCCAGAUGGGCCCAUUAGUCGACAAAUCACAAUUUGAGCGCGUCAAUGGCUUCAUAGAACGGGGCAUCUCAGGAAGCCAAGGUACUGUGCUCAUAGGUGGCAACAAGACCGACAAAACUGGUUACUAUGUCGAGCCUACAGUAUUCACAAACGUCUCCGCCGAUGCAGAAAUUUACUCGAACGAGAUUUUCGGCCCGGUAUCGAUCCUCAACUCUUUCAAAACGGAAGAAGAAGUGGUCAAGGCAGCAAAUGCUACCGAGUACGGCCUCAUGGCUGGUGUGUUCACACAGGAUAUCAACAAAGCUCUGCGUGUAGCCAGUGACUUCGAUUCUGGCAUGGUCGGUAUCAAUUGCGUCAGCCUGACAUUCUUGACGGCACCAUUUGGCGGCAGCAAAGAGAGUGGCUUGGGCAGAGAAUGUGGCAGAGCGGCACUACAAGCGUUCACCGAGCCGAAGACAAUUAUGAUCAACAUGACAUACUAA